AUGCAGGUGUGUGGUGAUUGUUUCCUGCAUAUUCAUGCAGGCAUGUGUUUCCUUGCGGCAUCCCAGGAUAACUAUUCCUACAAUAUCGCGAUGGCAGCCUGCGCAGGUGCGCGGAAAUGGGUGGUGGCUGUCAGUUUGUUGCAGCUGAUGAUGGAGACGCCCCACCUGCAACCUGAUUCUUUCUCAUACUGCGCGGUCAUCUCCGCAUGUGGGCAUGCUCGACACUGGGCUCGUGCACUCGAGUUCUUUCAAGCAGCCGAGCGAGGUCACCUGGCAGGGCGGGUGAUCUUCAACGAGAUUUUGGAUGUGCUCGAAGAAGAGCCGAUGGCUUCAGGCAUUUUCCAGCUGGCGCGCCAGAAGAACCCUAGUUGCAAGAUGUUGCAAGUCCCGAGAAUUGCUUCUUUUGGCUGA